GUCCCCUCCGUGUGUGCGUGUGUGUGUGCUCGGCCGCCCCGCCCUCUCCCCGCGCCGCUUCCCCCCCGGCCGGCCAUGCCGUCUCGGGCAAGGUAAUGAGCCGCAGAGCCCCGGGGUCUCGGCUGAGCGGCGCUUCGUCCUCCGGAGGCGGCGGCACCAGCGGCACCAGGCAACACUAUCACCCGCGGAGCUGGAAUGACUGGCAACCCAGAAGUGACAAUCAAUCAGCUGACCAAGAGAAUUUAAAAUACUCUUCAUCCAGAGACCGGAGUAGUUCUUCCUCCUAUGGAUUACAACCUUCAAAUUCAACGGUGGUGUCUCGACAUAGACAUGAUGAUAUCAGAGUCUCCACUGACCUCCAGAAUGAAGAAAAAGGUGGCUACAGUGUCAAUGGAGGAUCUGGGGAAAAUACUUAUGGUCGGAAGUCGUUGGGGCAAGAGCUGAGAGUUAACAAUGUGACCAAUUCUGAUUUUACCAGUGUUCAGCAUGGGAAUCGUGCUUUAGUCACAAAAGACAUGAGGAAAACACAGGAGCGAUCAUUGUCUUACUCUGAUGAGUCUCGACUGUCAAAUCUUCUUCGGAGGAUUACUCGGGAAGAUGACAGAGAUCGAAGACUGACUACUGUAAAGCAACUGAAAGAGUUUAUUCAGCAACCAGAGAACAAACUGUAGCAAAUUGCUUCAAGAAUUGAGACAGGAAGGGGCUUGCUGUCUUGGCCUUCUUUGCGCUUCUUUGAGCUACGAAGCUGAGAAGAUCUUUAAAUGGAUUUUUAGCAAAUUUAGUUCCUCCACUAAAGAUGAAGUUAAACUGCUUUAUUUGUGUGCAAGUUACAAGGCGUUGGAGACUGUGGGAGAGAAGAAAGCCUUUUCAUCCGUAAUGCAACUCGUCAUGACUAGCCUGCAGUCUAUCCUAGAGAAUGUGGAUACCCCCGAAUUGCUGUGUAAAUGUGUCAAGUGCAUCCUUCUUGUGUCUCGUUGUUAUCCUCACAUUUUCAGCACCAAUUUUAGGGACACAGUUGACAUAUUAGUUGGGUGGCAUAUUGAUCACACUCAAAAACCUUCUCUGACCCAGCAAGUCUCAGGAUGGUUACAGAGUUUGGAACCAUUUUGGGUCGCUGACCUGGCCUUUUCUACCACACUCCUGGGUCAGUUUCUAGAGGAUAUGGAAGCUUAUGCUGAGGACCUCGGGCACGUCGCUUCCGGAGAGUCCGUUGACGAGGAUAUUCCUCCUCCUUCUGUUUCGCUGCCCAAACUGGCAGCUCUGCUUCGCGUGUUCAGCACAGUGGUGAGGAGUAUUGGAGAGCGGUUCAGUCCCAUCCGAGGGCCGCCGAUUACUGAAGGAUACGUAACCGAUGUUUUGUACAGAGUAAUGAGGUGUGUGACAGCUGCCAACCAGGUCUUUUUCUCUGAGACGGUAUUGACUGCUGCCAAUGAGUGUGUCGGUGUGUUGCUUGGCAGCCUGGAUCCCAGCAUGAAUAUACAUUGCGAUAUGAUCAUCACUUAUGGAUUAGAUCAACUUGAAAAUUGUCAGAUUUGUGGUACUGAUUAUAUUAUCUCGGUGUUGAACUUAUUGAUGCUGAUUGUUGAACAAAUAAAUACAAAACUUCCAUCAUCAUUUAUAGAGAAAUUGUUUAUACCAGAAUCUAAGCUUCUUACGCUCCGCUACCACAAAGAAAAAGAGGUUGUCGCUGCCGCACACGCUGUAUAUCAGGCAGUGCUAAGCUUAAAGAACAUUCCCGUUUUGGAAACAGCCUACAAGUUGAUUCUGGGCGAAAUGGCAUGCGCCUUGAACAGUCUCCUUUGCAGCCUGCAGCUUCCCCAAGCUUGCUCGGAAAUUCUCCACGAUGCUUUCAAGAACCACAUUUUUGAUGUGGCCAAUGCAAAGUUUGUCGUCAUAUUUGAUCUCAGUGCGCUGACUACAAUCGGAAAUGCCAAAAAUUCAUUGAUUGGGAUGUGGGCUCUGUCUCCAACGGUCUUCGCUUUGCUGAGCAAGAAUUUGAUGGUUGCCCACGGCGACAUCGCCGUCCAUUUUCCAGCUGUCCAGUAUGCAGUGCUGUACACCCUGUAUUCACACUGCACCAGGCAUGACCACUUCAUAUCUAGCAGUCUCAGCUCCUCAUCUCCUUCUUUGUUUGAUGGGGCUGUCAUAAGCACUGUGACCACAGCUACAAAGAAACAUUUCUCUAUCAUUGUAAACCUCCUGGGACUUUUACUUAAAAAGGAUAAUCUGACCCAUGAUACCAGGAAAUUGCUCAUGACUUGGGCUUUGGAAGUAGCUGUUCUGAUGAAGAAAUCAGAGACCUAUGCGCCCUUGUUCUCUCUCCCCUCCUUCCAUAAGUUUUGCAAAGGACUUCUGGCAAACACUCUCUUGGAAGAUGUUAACAUUUGUCUCCAAGCGUGCAACAGCCUUCAUGCUUUGUCAUCCUCUCUCCCAGAAGACUUACUCCAGAGGUGUGUCGAUGUUUGCCGCGUCCAACUGGUCCACAGUGUUGCUCGGAUAAGGCAAGCAUUUGGGAAGCUCUUAAAGUCUAUUCCUUUGGAUGUCAUACUAAGCAAUCACCACCAUGCAGAAAUCCAAGAAAUCUCCCUAGCCAUUCGAGGACACAUGAGUAAAGCUCCAAGCAACACAUUUCACCCACAAGACUUUUCUGAUAUCAUCAGUUUCAUCCUGUAUGGAAGUUCUCACCGAACAGGGAAAGAGAGCUGGCUAGAAAGGUUAUUUUAUAGCUGCCAAAGAUUGGACAAACACGAUCAAUCCAGUAUUCCACGCAAUUUAUUGAAAACCGAGGCUGUCCUUUGGCAGUGGGCUAUUUGGGAAGCAGCCCAAUUUACUGUCCUUUCAAAGUUAAGAACACCCCUAGGAAGAGCUCAGGACACGUUCCAGACUAUUGAAGGUAUCAUUAGAAGCCUUGCAGCUCACACCUUAAAUCCGGAUCAAGACGUCAGCCAGUGGACUACAGCUGAUAACGACGAAGGUCACAGCAGCAACCAACUGCGGCUGGUACUGCUCCUUCAGUACUUGGAGAACUUGGAGAAACUGAUGUAUAAUGCGUAUGAAGGGUGCGCCAAUGCUCUUACGUCCCCACCAAAGGUAAUCAGGACCUUCUUCUACACAAACCGCCAAACUUGCCAAGAUUGGUUAACCCGUAUUCGACUUUCCAUCAUGCGCGUUGGGUUAUUGGCUGGACAGCCCGCCGUCACUGUCCGUCAUGGCUUUGAUUUGCUGACAGAAAUGAAGACUAAUAACGUAUCUCAGGGAAGUGAAUUAGAAGUAACGAUCAUGAUGGUUGUCGAAGCCCUCUGUGAACUUCACUGCCCCGAAGCCAUUCAAGGGAUAGCUGUCUGGUCUUCGGCUGUAGUUGGCAAAAACCUCACCUGGAUUAACUCUGUAGCUCAGCAGGCUGAAGGACGGUGA